AUAUUAUAUAUAGAUGGAUGUAUUUGUGCCGCGGUUAUUCGAAGGCUCUGAGGGGGAUAUUUCAAGCUCAUACAGGCAAAGACGCGAUGUUAACUGAAAUAUAACUUUCAUUCAAGUUACACACGUGUGUUGUCAGUGUCAGUGGAUAGACGUCCGCGUCUCUGCGUUUCUUCCACGUGCAUUUUCUCAAAAACGUUUGUUUUACUCCGAUUUACGAAGUUUUAUAUAUUUAUUAUAGUUUUAACUAUCGAUAUUAAUAUGAAAAUAUAGAUAAUUAUUUUUAAAUUAUUAUUUAUUAUUUAUGUUUUUAUAUCAGUGAUUCAAAUGCUUGAAAAUUUUGUAAUAACUGAUAAAAAAAUGACAAUGUUUUAUAUCACGAAGGCUAUGGAAUUUAAUCUAAUUAAAUAUUGAAUCUAAUUGUGACUGAGAGUAAAUAUCAUUUACUUAUUAACUAAAUAUUUACAAAAGAAAAUAAAAAUGCCUUAUGAAGUUAACGAAACGGAAAUAACUAUGGAAGACGUUGAAUUGAGUCCACUGCAACGUCGAACACGUUUUCACGUAAAUCGCGUUGAUAGCAUGGAAGGACGUACCAGUCUUUUGGGUGAACAAGAGACGAAAAAAUCAUUAAGACAUCUGACACGCGAAGCAUUACCGCGGUUGGAUAAUUAUAGAAAUAUUUUGAGCAUUCAAGCGGCACACAGACCUACUCUCGAUGAACUUCACGACCCUAGUCUUCUCAGUAAGGGUGCUGUAACAAAUACAUUGCCAGUGAGUCACAUAAAAGAACCAGAAACAGGUAUAAAAUUUGGAUGGAUACAAGGUGUGUUGAUGAGAUGUCUUCUAAAUAUUUGGGGUGUCAUGUUAUUUCUACGGCUGUCUUGGGUCGUAGCACAAGCUGGAGUUGGGCAAGCAAUUGUAUUAAUUCUCACGACAACUGUAGUGACGACAAUAACGUCACUAUCAAUGUCUGCAAUCAGUACCAAUGGUCUUAUAAAAGGAGGUGGAACAUAUUAUAUGAUCUCACGAUCUCUUGGUCCAGAAUUUGGUGGAUCAAUUGGUUUAAUUUUUUCCCUAGCUAAUGCUGUCGCAUGUUCGAUGUACGUUGUUGGUUUUUGUGAAAGCUUACAAGAUCUAUUACGAUCUAGCGGACAAUGUAUCGUCGAUUGCGCCGAGUGGGAUGUCAGAAUAAUAGGCUGCAUUACCAUUUGUGUAUUACUUGUAAUAGUGAUGAUUGGAAUGGAGUGGGAAGCUAAAGCACAAAUAGGUCUACUUAUUAUUUUACUAAUUGCUCUGUGUGAUUUCAUUAUCGGUACAUUUAUGGGACCAAAAAAUAAUGAAGAAUAUGCCAAAGGGUUUAUUGGAUACAAUGCCGAGUUAUUUAAAGAAAAUUUCGCACCGGACUAUAGACCUUAUGAUGGGGUAGAGCAUAAUUUUUUUUCAGUCCUCGCUAUUUUUUUUCCUGCAGCAACUGGAAUUUUAGCUGGCGCGAAUAUUUCUGGUGAUUUAAAAGAUCCCCAAAAAGCAAUACCUAAAGGCACUAUUUUAGCAAUAAUAUUAACAACAAUAUCAUAUUUACUGAUGGCAGCAAUGGUCGGUGCCACUGUAAUGAGACAAGCGUCAGGAAAUGUAUCUGACUUGUUAAUAAUGACCAAUAAAACCGACAUACUAAUCAACAGUACAAAUUUAUUAUUUAAUUCUUCUGCAACCCAAGACAACGACACUACCAAUAAUUACAUAAUUGACAAUUUAAAUGAGACCGAUAAAAUAUGGAGUAUUUACGGUACGGCAUUUAACUGCACCCAGAAUAAUUGUAAAUAUGGUUCACACAAUAGUUUCCAAGUUAUCGAACUAAUAUCCGCAUUUGGGCCGUUCAUUUACGCUGGAUGUUUCGCCGCAACAUUAUCCAGCGCAUUGGCAUCUCUAGUGUCAGCUCCAAAAGUAUUCCAAGCUCUCUGUCAAGAUCAUUUGUACCCAGGCAUUGCCUGGUUCAGCGGUAAAAAAGGCAAAGAACCAAUUCGCGGUUACUUUCUUACAUUUUUUAUCGCCAUUGGAUUUAUUUUAAUUGGUAAUUUAAAUUCGAUUGCGCCAUUGAUAUCGAAUUUUUUUUUGGCAGCGUACACACUCGUUAAUUUUAGUACUUUUCAUGCAUCUUUGGCUAAACCAAUCGGCUGGAGACCAACUUUCAAAUAUUAUAAUAUGUGGUUAAGUCUUGCUGGAGCAAUUUUAUGUGUUGCAGUAAUGUUUCUUAUAUCAUGGUGGACAGCAUUGAUAACACUCAGUGUUGUUCUUGCUCUUUAUUUGGUUGUUUCUUAUAGAAAGCCGGAUGUUAAUUGGGGAUCGACGACCCAAGCACAGACUUACAAUAAUGCGCUAAAUGCGGUACAUCAGUUAGACAGAGUAGAAGAACAUGUAAAAAAUUAUCGGCCUCAAAUACUAGUACUUAGCGGUAAUCCAAGUGCUAGAUCAAUAUUGAUAGAUUUCGCUCAUUAUAUUACUAAAAAACAAAGCCUUCUUAUUUGUGGUGAUAUUAUUCAGAGUACUUUAAAUCAUAAAACACGGAGUGCGAUGAUAAGUAAAUUUUCUUACUGGUUAAAAAAUAAUAAAAUAAAGGGUUUUUAUACGGUAGUUGACGGAGUUAAUUUUCAAGAAGGAGCGACGUCACUUUUACAAACUUGUGGGUUGGGAAAAUUACGUCCUAAUAUUUUAUUAAUGGGUUAUAAGCAAGAUUGGUCUGUUUGUGGCCAAGACAAUCUUGAUAUGUACUUCAAUAUUAUGCACAAAGCUUUAGAUAUGCAUGUAGCAGUUGCUAUUCUCCGAAUAAGUGAAGGUUUCGAUAACAGCGAAAUUUUAAAUGAGACACCGGAAAAUUCUAAAAAAAGUUCCGUCACAAUACGAGGGAACCAAAGUUUUUCUCAGCUCAGUCAAGCAAGCAGUAGUUCAGAUAUUUCAAUACCAGGCAGUCCAUCACUAAGUAGACCAACAGAAAUAUGUAAUAAUCCUGAUGCAUCGACAACCGAUGAACGUACAGACAAUAAAUCAAAUAUUUCAAUAAUAUCACAAGAUGUACUGACUUCAAUAACAAAGUUCCGAAGAAAACAAAAAAAGGGAACUAUCGAUGUGUGGUGGCUGUACGACGACGGAGGACUGACGUUAUUGUUGCCUUAUAUUAUUAGCACACGUCGUCAUUGGUCUAGUAGUAAAUUAAGAGUAUUUGCUUUAGCUAAUAGACACUCGGAAUUGGAGUACGAGCAACGAAACAUGGCGAGUCUAUUAUCGAAAUUUCGAAUCGAUUAUUCAGAUCUCAAAGUUAUUCCAAAUAUUUCAAAUGCUGCGGACCAAAAAACUAAAAGUUUUUUCGAUUUACUAAUUGCUGACUAUCAAAGUAGAUCACGAUCUUCAGAUAAUGAAUCAAAAAUAACAGAAUCAGAAUUAUUGGCAAUGAAUGAAAAAACAAACCGCCAUUUACGGUUACGUGAACUACUUAUAGAAAAUUCAAUGGAUGCAAAUCUUAUUGUCAUGACAUUGCCAAUGCCACGAAAAGGUGCAGUGUCAGCGCCAUUGUACAUGGCCUGGCUCGAAACUUUAACACGAGAUAUGCCACCGUUUUUAUUAGUACGUGGUAAUCAUACGUCAGUCCUUACAUUUUAUUCAUAAAAAUUAUUUUCUUCUGCAUUAUUAACUUGAACAUUAAUUUAAUUUAAUUUAAUUUAACUAAUUAAAUAUAAAUAAUUUAUAACUCAUGAAAAAGUGAACAAAAAAUUAAGUAUUAAAUAUUUAGUGAUUAAUUUAAAAAUAUAAGUGAAGAACAUUUAUUGUAAUAAUAGAUUAUUUUUAUAAUAAUAAAAAAUAC